AUGGGAUAUGCGGAGUUGGUGCAGUCUUAUUCGAACAAGAUGCGUGUAGUUGAAGCCCCAGCAAGUGGACGCGGUCUCAGCCAAGAUGGAAAGUUUAGCUAUGGAUAUGCAAGCUCAGUUGGGAAGAGAUCAUCCAUGGAAGACUUCUUUGAGACCAGGAUCGAUGGUAUUGAUGGAGAAAUCAUCGGUCUCUUUGGUGUCUUUGAUGGUCAUGGUGGAGCCAGAGCAGCUGAGUAUUUGAAGCGUCAUCUUUUUAGCAAUCUUAUCAUUCAUCCUAACUUCAUUUCCGACACCAAAUCUGCGAUAGCUGAUGCAUAUAAUCAUACAGACUCUGAACUACUCAAGUCAGAGAAUAGUCACACUAGAGAUGACGCUGGUUCAACUGCCUCUACAGCUAUACUAGUUGGUGAUCGUUUACUUGUUGCAAACGUUGGUGAUUCCAGAGCUGUUAUUUGUAGAGCCGGAAACGCCUUUGCAGUGUCAAGAGACCAUAAACCUGACCAAAGUGAUGAGCGUGAACGGAUUGAGAAUGCUGGUGGUUUUGUCAUGUGGGCAGGGACUUGGAGAGUUGGAGGAGUUCUUGCAGUUUCUCGCUCGUUUGGUGAUAGACUUUUGAAACAGUAUGUUAUUGCUGAUCCAGAGAUUCAGGAAGAGAAGAUUGAUGAUUCUCUUGAGUUUCUGAUCCUUGCCAGCGAUGGAUUAUGGGAUGUUUUCUCCAAUGAGGAAGCUGUUGCAGUGGUGAAAGAGGUUGAAGAUCCAGAGGAGUCCACCAAGAAACUUGUGGGAGAAGCAAUAAAGAGAGGAAGUGCUGAUAAUAUUACAUGUGUAGUUGUUCGUUUUCUGGAGAACAAGACUCCUAACAUCAAAGCUUCCGACAUAUCCUCAACACAUUCCAGCUCAUCUCUAGGACAGACCGCAGUUAGAACUGACUCAGACCAUAACAUGACAACCAAACAAACCAAUCAAGACCAUACCGUAGUGAACUUGGACCGCAAUGCUGAGGUCGCAGCUAGAAGUGACGAUUCAGGUCCCAUCAGCUCGAACCAAAAGACAAUUCAGAGCGGCUCAGAGUCUAAGAUCUCUGCCAAACAACCUAGUCAAGGGCAAAGCGCAGUACACACCAGUUUGGACUGGAACAUUGCUAAUCAGAAACCGGCCUAA